AUGAUGUUGCACGAAAAAGCAGAUGCUCUUCUAAGUGACGAUCUGGAUCUUGUCUUCGACGACAAAGGAGAACUUCAAGUUCACAGAACACGUCACGGCCAACGUCUGCUGCAGGGGAUACGGAGGGUCAACUCUACAGAACCCGCCUUCACUGCUCUUCUGAAAAGCAUCGAGAAGAAUCUCGUCACUCUGGUUAUAACCGAGGACGAACAUGGAAAGAAGUUGAAGUAUCCAAGAUUACAGUCUGAUAUGGGACCGGCGAUAACAGUUUUGAACGAGUCCAGAACAACGCACACGUUAUGCGACGUCGUCUUGUGCGUCGGCGAGUCGUCGUUUCACUGUCAUCGGGCGGUCCUGGCUGCAUCUAGCCCUUUCUUCGCCACGCUUCUGCUCGGAGAGUUCAGAGAAAGGAAGGACGAACAGGUCCGAUUGAACGAUGUACCUUCUCACAUAGUUAGCGAUCUCUUAGACUACUUCUACAAUGGGUCUCUAAACAUCAGAAACGGUAAUGUGGAGUCUAUGCUUCACGCGGCUUCGCUGUUCCAACUCAGCUCCGUCGUUACUGCCUGCUGCAAGUAUCUCUCGCGCCAGCUCGACUCCGACAACUGUUUUGGCAUCUUACACUUUGCAGAGUUCUACUCCUGCAAAACCCUGGUAGAAGAGGCUAGAGCGUUUGCCAUGGACAACUUCCCGGACACCGUGAGAACGGGAGAGUUUGAACUUCUCUCCUAUGACCAGGUUCUGUUCUUCCUCACCGACGAGAGAUGCCAGUGGUGUAAAGAGAGAGUGUAUGAAGCGGUCAUGAAAUGGACCAAGGCCGACACAACUCGGCUCCAGUUCUUACCGGCUUUGCUGCGAUGCGCUGAGCUUCGUCUGAUGACUGAGGACUACUUCAAGUUCAACGUAAGGCAUGAACCGUUGAUUCAAAAUGACCCUGAAUGUUUAGAAAUCAUCCAAGAAGUCGAGGAAGAUCUCUUCCAACAAAGAACACAGCGCCUGCCUGCGGAGAUACUAGUACAGGUGGGAGGUAUCAGCGGCAGCGAGGCGGCGGGACACAAGCCUGUCAAAGUCCGGUACAUGGACUGUCUGGGCCCGUGGAGAUGCUCCCAUGCUAUCCUGUCCGACCUUCCCUACAGCCUGGUCUCCAAGAACUGCUAUCUGAACGUCCUGGCCAUGGAUGACGACAUCUACAUCCUGGCCUCGAUGGAGCGGUGCCAAGCUGAGGACCCGAGAGAGAUGCAGUUCUGGAGAUAUGUCUCUUCUGCCGACCUGUGGUUGCGCCUGCCCGAACCCCUGACGUUUCACCAGGGCCAGUUCGGUUUUGUGGCCGCCGGGGGACGACUUUACGCCAUAGGGACCAACAUGACUGCCGAGAAAGGCGCGGAGUGCUACGAAUCCUUCUCACCGCGGAACAACCGGUGGAGGAAGAUAGCCCGAGUGCCUCACACCGUUCACAAAACUGUCACGUCCUCGUGUAAGGGCAAAGUCGUGGUCAUGGGCUACUGGGAAGGUCGGCACGAGAACUUUUAUGUCCAAACGUACGAUUCUGAUAUAGACACGUGGGAAUUCUACGACGUGGCGUCAUUUCACUCUGGUAAACCGCAGUACCAGAGCGCUGUCCUCGGCUCCAAGAUCUACCUGAUGCCUUUCGUGACUGCGCGUAACUUCAUGUGCGUCUUCGAUACAGAAACCAUGGAAUUCGAGCAGCUCCCAAUGCCCGAACACAGGCACAUUCAUGGCGGCAUGACUGCCAUCGACGGGAAAAUCGUGGUCAUCGGCGGAAAGGAUCACUUCAACGAGUACACCGCCUCCGUGAUCGAGCUGUUGGACCCGGAGCGGAGGGAGUGGCUGGACGUGGGGCGGCAGGUGGAACACCUCAGGCGGGCGCACGCCGCCGUCACCAUCCGGGACUGUGGAUGGAUACACGACAAACUUCGCAACGUCAUGGAGAAGAACAAGAAGAAGUACGCCAGGAGAGAAUCUUUCGUAGCCGGGUACGAACUACCACAUGAGGACAGCGAGGACGUUGUACCAAACUGUUAA